AUGUCUCCUUACGAUGAAGGCGGAACACCGUUACCAGAGUCUAGCGUGCCGGUGACUCUCAAUGCUGCACCGUCGCUUGAAGAAAUCAUUCAAUUAACCCGCCAUGAAUUGACUACAGUGGAGGAGACUGACUCGAUUAUCGAGUGCGGUCGCGCAGCUCUAUCGCUCCUCCCUUCGAAUCCUGACUUGUGUUCAAAGCUUGCAUACCAGAGGCUACACGAUGUUCCGUACAAAGAGGUCAAAACUUGCUGGAGGAGGCUGCAUGCAGAUGCUACACUCUGGAGAGUCGUAGAUCUCGUCGGAGGGAGGACCGAUCGGACGCAAACCAACAGGGACUGGUUCGACAAGGUGGUCCAGAUGCUGGAUAUGACACUCAUCUUGACGGGUGCGCCCUUUAGAGAGGAAGUUGUGGAGCUAUGGUUCGCGGCGCUGGAAGGCGUACUAUCCGCCCAAGGCCCUGCAGGUGACAGUUCGGAACAGCUGGAGCGACCAGCGAAAAGGUCGAAACUCGACAAGCCCCUACAUACACCAUCAGUCUUUCCAACCGCACACAUAGAAGAUUUGCCGGCUUUACGCUACCAGAUCACUCGAGUCGACAACAUGUGCCUGUCCGCAUACCAAAAGAGGCUGUCUUCUCCAGCUACCCAUACGCCCCUUGUCAUCGAGAAUGCUAUACAACAUUGGCCCGCCUUAGUUGAGCGGCCAUGGAGCGACCCCGACUACUUGUUGAAACGAACACUUGGUGGCAGGAGACUUGUGCCCGUCGAGACAGGACGAAGUUACACAGACUCAGGCUGGGGCCAGAAGAUAUCUACGUUCCAAGACUUCCUACAGACAUACAUGCUCGACAACAACAACAACAACAACAACAACAACAACAACAACAACAACAACAACAACAAGUCAGCCGAACUAUUGAAGAGCAAGACUCAGACAGGCUAUUUAGCCCAGCACGACCUCUUCGCCCAAAUUCCCUCCCUACGCGCCGACAUCUCGAUCCCAGACUUCUGCUACUGCGACCCUGCGCCGAACCCCCUGCCACACGUCAAGGAAACACCGAAGCUCGAAGACCCCCUGCUGAACGCCUGGUUCGGUCCCAAGGGUACUAUAUCGCCGCUGCACACAGAUCCGUACCACAACAUCUUGGCGCAGGUGGUGGGAUAUAAGUACGUGAGGUUAUAUGCACCUGACCAAACAGAGCGGCUGUAUCCGAGGAAUGCAGACGAGAGUGGCGUGGAUAUGAGCAACACCAGCCAGGUUGAUCUGGACGAAGCUAUGGAGCUGUGUCCAGAGAUAAACACCGAAGAAUGCAGCAUUCGAGAGCGAGACGCAACCACAGACGGCGAAUGCGAUGAGCUGCAACAACGCAGAGCGGAAUUCGAACACCAGUUUCCUGGGUUCUUGGAGGCAGAGUACGUUGAAGGCGUGCUGGGUCCGGGAGAUUGCUUAUAUCUUCCGCCUGGGUGGUGGCAUUAUGUCAGGAGCUUGAGUCCGAGCUUUAGUGUCAGUUUCUGGUUCAAUUGA